AGAGGAACUGAUAUUGAGAUUAGAUCAUUGUUCCUCCAUUUCCUUCCCCAUUUCUCAACUAACCAUUUUCCCCCAUAAGCCGCGUCUUCGCCGCCUCCUGCAAAGGAAGAGAAAAGAUUCUUUUCAAUCGAUCAUGGCGUCUCUAUAAAAUUGUCUUUUUAUUGUUAUAUUUUUUCUCUUCUUCAUUCGGCGAUUGGAAUCAUUGAGUUUUUCUCCUUUUCCUCGUAGCCAGUUUCGUUUUUUUAUUCCUUUUCUUUAAAUUCGAAGCAAAAAUGAGCGCGUAUAAGCGCGUGGUACAGUUAGGGUUCAAUGCGUAUUCGAGUUCCAUUGUGAACAGGGUCGGGCACCGGCAGAUUUCUCAACUCGUGAAAUCCAAUGGAAAGCGUGCAUUUCUCGUCGAUACAUUGGCUCUGGUUCGGAGUUUGGAAGCGCAAGGCGUGCCAUCAAAACAAGCGGAGGCAAUAACAUCAGCAAUCACUGAAGUAUUGAACGACAGCUUGGAGAAUGUGUCCCAGUCCUUUGUUUCAAAGGCAGAAAUGCAGAAAUCUGAGAUGCUUCAAGAAGCCAAUUUGUCCAAGUUUAAAUCGGAAGUAAAAAGUUCCCAGGAGCAUCAUUUUUCUAUGUUGCAACGUGAAACUGAGAAACUUCGAGGUGACAUAGAGAAGAUGCGAAGUGAACUAAGGUAUGAAAUUGAUAAGGUCACUGCAGGGCAGCGUCUGGAUUUAAAUCUUGAAAGAGGGCGCAUACGUGAUGAACUGGCCAAUCAGAAUGCAGAAACUACCAACCUGACAAACAAGCUAGAUAGGGAAAUUCAUGCAUUAAGAGCCCAGUUAGAAGCUGCGAAAUAUGAUGUAAUUAAGUACUGCAUAGGUACCCUCGUCUCCAUAUCUGCCGUUGGGCUAGCUGUACUGCGCAUCUUGAUGUAGUCUUGCAUCUGCUUUAAGUAGUGCCAACUAUUCCAACAUGAACCUCCAAUAUCAUCAACAUGGACCUCCAAUAUCAUCAUUCUUUUUUUCUGGCAACUGGAUUGCUUUGGGAGUAAAAAGGGUGGGAAUUACUUAAUGGUUACAAGAUUUUUCGUAUAAUUGGCAAGGAAUGACAAAUCCCAGUUGAUCGGAACAAUUAUUUGUGCUUCUUUUAGGAUUAAGCACGACUUAUUCGAUUUACUCUGUAUGUUCUGUUAUUGUAUUCUAGGAAAGGCAAAUGGAGCUAAAGAGAUAAUCAUCCAACAUUGCUACCCCAGGCAAUGGUGCAACUGUGUUAUGCUUCUAAGUUGGAUUUUCUUUUUAUCAAACUGAUGAUUUUGCAAUGAUUAAUUCAUUAUAAUUUAUACA